UUGUAUUUAGAGGUGGCUGUGUUUUCAAGUCCCUCCAAUGUUGCCACAUAAUGGACCCUUCCGAAGUUGAGAAAGCGGAACACCUGUCACAGUACAAAGUUCGCUGACUGUUGUGGUGCUCAUUCUUCUCUGUCUUAUAAUAACUAUAAUAAGCCAGUAUGUUUCAUCUGCACUUACGAAUCUUGACCAAUGCUUUAGUACGUUUCCUGCUCAUUGUCUAUGUUUCGUCUCUUGGAGAAGGCGCCCGUGUGCACGGGUUUUGGGACCCGACAAGUUACCAACCUGUUGCAGUGUUUGCUUUCCACUCCAACGCCCAGUCCGCUGGCUAUGUUUACGGUAACAUCACAACAAGAGAAAACUCUUCGCCCGUCUCUGCGACUUCCAAGGCUACUUUGGUUCUUCUAGACGAUGAUACGUGGAGCGACCAGUUCCACUCGAUUGAGGAAGAUGAUUAUAACGGUACACCGUGUUCCGUUAUGCAGACGGUUUUUAAGAAUUGUCAGGACUCCCCAGUGCCGUGUUGAUGGGGCUAUGGCACAGUCCAUACCAUGUACAAUAGGACAGCCAUCUGAAGAACCAACCUGCUACAACUCACUACCUGCAGCACAGUUUGCCCUUCCAGUGUACAACAUAAAUGUACCAAGGCUAUGGCAUCUCUCUCUUGUACCAUGCUACUGCAACCAAUCACAGACCUCCAACUGCACCUGGGUCAAUUCAACCAAUGAAAAUGGAGAAUUAAACUAUGACAUCUGGUUGGUCAAUGGGAACCCAAAUUCAACAAAGACAGACUUUCUAUACUACCAACUUUCCUAUGAGUCUCAAUAUGUCAGCAUUAUCCUUAUUACCUACAUAAUUUUGUACCUCUUUUUUCUCUUAGUCCUUUCAUGUGGACACCGUGGACAUUCUCACACUAUCAUAAGAGUCUUCAUAGCCAGCAUUUUGCUGGAAUGGUUGGGUAUAUCCUUACACUUUCUCCACCUGGCCAUCUAUACUUUUGAUGGAGCAGGAAUUCUGCCAGUGAAACACUUUGGCGUGGUAGUUGAUGUUGUGAGUCAGUGCAUGUUCAUGGCCCUGUUGCUAUUAUUGGGGAGGGGCUGGACAGUAACAAAAGUCCACCUGGAGCACAAGGCCUUCCUGGUGGUCAUCGUCAUGUACUCAUUGGUGGAUGUGGGCCUUACUGCGACACGGUUGCAGGAGGCGCAGCUAACCCGUCAACAGUUCUAUGUAGUGAUGGGCAGUGUGUACAGUCUGUGGUUCCUCUAUCUACCUGUGGCAGCAGUGGUGGUUCACAGGUCGUGCCUCCACUGUGGCAGUAUAGAACUUAUACAGGCAUCACAGUGACUGCUGACUUCUUGUCCUAUGCUGUCUUGUCAUACCUCCUGUGGCCGUCUCGGGGUGUCGCCAGUUACAGGUACAGCAGGAUACCCAUGGAUGAUGAUUUGAGUCUUCUAGACUAUGACUCCAUCUAGUGACUUAUAUCUGCACUAGUACUGCAGUGUCUAUGUGAAGUUCCAACUGUACUUGUAUAUGAUAACUACACAUUUCUUAGAGAUUUAUCACAAGAUUCAGAGAGAACAGUUAAUUUCCAAUAGGAAAUUACAGUCAAACCUGCUCAAGACGACCAUUUCCAAUAGGAAAUUACAGUCAAACCUGCUCAAGACGACCAUUUGUGGGACCAGGCAAAAUCGGCCGGUUUGGACAGGUGGUCGAUUUGAAGAGUCACAGUAUGCCCAAGGCAUAGAAUAAAUGGUUUCCGAUUUUCAUACAACAAAAUUUGCUGCUUAAUGCUUACAUCAGUGGGAAAAAUUUUCGGGACCGAGAAAAAGCGAUUGUAACAACCAGGUGGUUGGUUUGAAGGGGUGGUUUGACUUACGGCCAAAAGGGAGCAGGUUUGACUAAUAUAGCCAAAAUUGUAAAUACCUACACUAUACUUGUAUGUGGUACAUUUAAAUCAAUGGUAUGACAAAUACAGGUAUACACGUACUGGUAAUUCUAUGCAAUUUUCAGAUAAUAUCUGAAUAUUGGUAUCCUUCCGAUAUCAAGGCCAAGUCUUCAACAUAUGAUAAGAUGAUCUUACCAUAUUAUUGCACAGACAUUGAAUUCUAGAUUUGUUGUUAUUUGCAUGAAUUGUAGCCUUUGAUGAACAAUCUGCUAGUUUUUUUGCAACUAAACCCCAUGAAUAUUGUCAUACAGGGUUAGUCUAGUCCAUAGAUCUUGUGUACUUCUUGUGUUUGAUUUGAUUAUUGGACGUAGCUAACAUACACGUGUUCUAUAACAUAGGUAGGGAUUCUGAGCAGCAAAUGUAGACUAAGUGGCAGUCAUUGUUCAAAACUUGUACAGACUGUAUUAAGUACUGAUGAAGGUAUGUACUACUUGCUUAAAAUGUCAUCAUAAUACAAACUUGAUACAUAAAUAUGACCAUAGAAGAAAUGUAGCUUCAUGUAUAUAAUAUUUAUGAAAUUGUAUUACUAGAAAGAAAAACUGCAGUAUUAAUGUGUAUUAUAGCUAUAGAGUCUAGCUGAUGUAAUGUUAACUUAUUCAACCUUAUUGAACUUACUAGUACUGUAAUUAUAAGUAUCACUGGUUUCUGGCCACAGAUAAAUAAUCUUUAUUCUUGUACACGAAUAAAAGACUACAAAUA